AUUAGAGGGAAGCGGCGGCCCCGCCCUCCCCCUUCACACUGGGAUAGAGCCGAGGGGGAGAUGGCCCGGGAGAGGCGGCACUGGCACCAUGGCAUUACCCAGCCUGCUAGUGGCUCUGAUUUUAGGGACGACCCCCGCAGCGGGCAGCUUUGACGCGGCCUCUCUUAACCAUCCCCUUGCCCCUGCUCAUGGCCCGCAGCAUUCCCGCUCGCCCCGCGCCCCGCCGGCCCCCCAACACCAGCCCGGCUGCCCUGGAGCCGAAGGGUCAGGGGGGCGCUUUGUCAACAUGACCGAGUUCGGCGCCGAGUGCCUGCCCUGGGCGGAGGUGCCCACUUUCCUGGAGAAGACCCCCCAGGGGAAGGGGCUGCGGGGCCAGCACAACUUCUGCAGGAACCCCGACGGCAGAAGCAGACCCUGGUGCUUCUACAGGAACAGCCGGGGCAGGGUGGACUGGGGCUACUGUGACUGCAAACAAGGGUCAGUGCGACUUCGAGGUGGCAAGAAUGAGUUUGAAGGCACAGUUGAAGUUUAUUUGAAUGGAAUUUGGGGAACAAUCUGCAGCAGUCAUUGGGACAAUAAUGAUGCAUCAGUCAUAUGUCGACAGCUUGAGCUUGGCAAAAGAGGUACAGCAAAGUAUACACCAUUUUCUGGACUGGGCCUUAUCCCUGUUUAUUGGAGUGAUGUACGUUGCCAUGGUGAUGAAGAAAAUAUACUGCUGUGUGAAAAAGACAUCUGGCAGGGCGGAACAUGUCCUCAAAAAAUGGCAGCUGCUGUCAUGUGUAGCUUUUCCCAUGCCUUUAUUCCAAUCCGUCUGGCUGGUGGGAGCAAUGCUCAUGAAGGAAGAGUGGAAGUCUACCAUACUGGCCAAUGGGGGACUGUCUGUGAUGAUCAGUGGGAUGAUGCAGAUGCUGAAGUUGUCUGUAGGCAGCUUGGCCUUGGGGGAGUAGCCAAGGCAUGGAGCCAGGCUUACUUUGGAGAAGGCUCAGGCCCAGUGCUGCUGGACGAAGUACGUUGUACUGGGAACGAGCUGUCCAUAGAACAGUGUCCAAAGAGCUCCUGGCGAGAACACAACUGUGGCCACAAAGAAGAUGCAGGAGUUUCCUGCACACCUCUUACAGAUGGUGCAAUAAGACUAGCAGGUCGGAAAGGCAGUCAUGAAGGACGUCUGGAGGUACAUUACAGCGGGCAGUGGGGCACAGUCUGUGAUGACGGGUGGACUGAGCUGAAUACACAGGUGGUUUGUCGGCAGCUGGGAUUUAAGUAUGGAAAAAGUGCAUCAGAAAGCUUCUCAGAAGAGAGUACUAGGCCUAUCUGGUUGGAUGAUGUCAGUUGCUCAGGAAAAGAAUCAACCAUCCUUCAGUGCUCAAAGAGAGAGUGGGGAAAGCAUGACUGCAGCCAUCAGGAGGAUGUCAGAAUAACCUGUCACCCAGAUAAUGACAGCCAUAGAUUCUCACUGGGUCCUCCCAUCAGGCUGAUGGAUGGUGAGAAUAAGAAAGAAGGACGUGUGGAGAUUUUUAUCAAUGGCCAGUGGGGCACAAUUUGUGAUGAUGGAUGGUCUGAUAAGGAUGCAGCUGUGGUCUGUCGACAGCUUGGCUACAAAGGCUCAGCUAGAGCAAGGACUAUGGCAUAUUUUGGGGAAGGGAAAGGACCAAUCCACGUGGAUAAUGUGAAAUGUACAGGAAAUGAGAGAUCCCUGGCAGACUGCAUAAAACAGGAUAUUGGAACACACAACUGCCGUCACAGUGAAGAUGCUGGUGUGAUCUGCGACUACCUUGGCAAGAAGGCCUCCGGGAACAGUAAUAAAAAUUCCCUUGCUUCUGUUUGUGGAUUGAGGUUACUGCAUCGUCGACAGAAGCGGAUAAUUGGUGGGAAAAAUUCUUUAAGGGGCGGUUGGCCCUGGCAGGUUGCCCUCCGACUGAAAUCAUCUCAUGGUGAUGGAAGACUCUUAUGUGGCGCCACACUCGUCAGCAGCUGCUGGGUGCUCACUGCAGCACACUGUUUUAAGAGGUAUGGCAACAACACUCGGAACUAUGUCGUACGAGUUGGGGAUUAUCACACACUGGUUCCUGAGGAGUAUGAGGAGGAAAUUGGAGUCCAACAGAUCAUGCUGCACAAAGAAUACAGGCCUGACAGCAACGACUAUGACAUUGCACUAGUGAGGUUGCAGGGACCAGAAGAACAGUGCGCCAGAUUCAGCACCCAUGUCUUACCCGCAUGUUUGCCACUGAGGCGAGAGAGGCCACAGAAAACUGCCCCCAACUGUUACAUCACUGGGUGGGGUGACACAGGAAAGGCCUAUUCAAGAACAUUACAACAAGCUGCCAUCCCCCUACUUCCUAAGAGACUUUGUGAAGAGCGUUAUAAGAGAAGGUUCACAGGGAGGAUGCUCUGUGCUGGAAACCUCCAAGAACAGAAACAUGUGGACAGUUGUCAGGGAGACAGUGGUGGACCACUCAUGUGUGAACGUCCAGGGGAAAGCUGGGUUGUGUAUGGGGUGACUUCCUGGGGUUAUGGCUGUGGAAUCAAAGACUCUCCAGGUGUCUACACUAAAGUGUCUUCCUUUGUACCCUGGAUAAAAAGUGUGACCAAAUUGUGAUCAUCCCGACUCAGAAACAGUAAGCAUUAAUAAAAGGAAGUUUCUGAGUCAGACGGGGCAGCUUGAACAGCACAGCCAAUGCACAGCUGGGCCCACACUGGGUGGGAAAUGGACACAUUCUUCUGUUUUGCAUGUUUUUAUUUUUGUUGAAUCAAGGAUGCAUAUUCACACUAUUUGUACAGUUACAGAUUAUUAAUGUGCAGUUUCCUUCAUGUUGAGCAAAAGUUUAUAUUUGCAUGGGAAAAUGCAAUAUACAUAAGAUUGGAGGGGAAAGGGGGCCAACAUUUUACUCCAAUAUUGGAUUGGGACAAUUUGAGAGUUCAAUAUACUAGUUACGCCCCACGAGAAGACUGCACUGGCAUUUAUGCUUCAGAUUCCUCCCAGAAUUACUUAUAAUCCUCACUUCUAGAGUAACCUAUUUAGUUCAAUGGUUGCCCCACUUAGAACUCCUCUAAUCUCAAGAAAGGCAUUGUCCUUCUAUUCUGUCUCAUGUAUGUUUCAGGUAUAAGCACAGCACAGGCUUUGCAUGCACAGGUCACAUUUGUCCCUGGAUCAUUCUUGGUAACACAGUAGGUCUACACACUUCAGUAGAGCAGAUUGAUUGCAAGACCUGCCAAUAAUUAAAACCCAAUUCUUCAGAACAAAUGUCCACACAGGUUAGUGUCCCUCCCACUCUCCAAAUAAUGCACAAUGUCCAAGUACAACUGGUCAGUGCAGUGGGGUAGAAUAAAAUUCCGUCAAAUAACGUGCCCUGUACACCUACAGGUGCCAGAUUAAAAAAUAAAAGCAGGUGGGGGAGAUAGGGGCAUAUUUGAAUUUCAGAAACACAGAGUAUCUUCAUUUAAAGAAAUGCCAAAUAACAGGGCACAUGCAAUUUUUGGUGGGAAUUACAUUGUCCUAUCCUGACAUCCACUAACAACUAUGGAUGCACCAAAAGCACUGGCCUAAAGGAGACAGAAUAAGCCAAAAAUUUUCCUUGAAUAAAAAUGAAGGUUACUUACCUAUAAUAGUUCUUUGAGAUGGGUCUGCAUAUUCACAUUUAAAGGUACUCCACACUUAUAGGUACUCACUGCAUUGUGGUGCCUUACAGCAAACACCUCUUCCAACAGUGUAAGUUAGAGCAGUGUUUCCCAACUGGGAAUGAUCUGGGAAUGAUAUGCCACCAUGCUCAAACAGGUGUGCUGUGGAAUUUUUUUGAAAAAGUACAUGUGAGGACCUGGGGGAAAGCCACCUUCUAGUUGGCUGUCUCCCUCGCUGCCCUGCUUCCUCCAGGGACGGAGCAACCAAUCAGAGCUCAAUCUCCCUCUCCUGUGUGAGCAAGGGGUUGGCUUCUCUGUCCCUCCCCUUCCCUGCUGUAGCCACCACUUGGGGGGAAGAGCCCCUGGAGCUCAAGGGGUGCCCUGGCAAAGCAAAUGUUGGGAACCACUGAGCCAGAGUGCUCUUGUAUCCCCCACUCCUCCCCUCAGAAUCACAACGCACUGAGAGCAAGGCUAUAAGGGGGGUGGAAUGCCCUCACCACCUCAGUUCCUUCCACUGCAAAGCAAGAGACAGAAUAACAAGGACUCUGUCAGAGAAGGGAAGGUAGGAGGCAUGAAUACGCAGCCCCAUCUUGAAGAAUUCCAGAAACAAGUAACCUUCAUUUCUUUGAGUGGUUCUGCAUAUUCUCACUUAUGGGAUAGACUGAUAAUCAGUGCUGAAACUAACCUGGGGGCAGGAACAGAUUCCUAGUUGAAUAGACUGAGGCACCACCUUGCCAAAUCUGGCAUCCAGACUAGAAGCCAAGUCCAGAGCAUAGUGCUAGGUGAAAGUAUACACCAGGUUGCAGCUUUGCAAAUUUCAGCAUCUGGCACCUGCCUAGGACAAAGGAGGUAGCCACAGUUGUAAUGAAAUGUAGUUGGAUUGCAGCAGGUACGGGGACUUUUGCCAAUGUGUAGAAUUCAGCAGUACAUUGUUUAAUACACUGACAACUACCUUGUCCUCAUGAAAAGAAGUAAAAAAGGUGAGUCGGCCACAAGGGCUUGCUCACAUUAAAUUUAUGACAUGAGAAAAAAAUAUGACUUUCUAAGAUGUUUCUUUUCAAAAUGCAUGACUAAAAAAUAAUAAAAUAGCCAGUUUUCAUAGACCUGUACCCC